AGGCGACGCGGUGGCUGCUGCCUCCUGUCAGGCGGGCGGCGGCAGCGGCCGCUCUGCGCAGAGGAGGCGCGGGGGCAGCGCUGAGCCGGGCGGCCGGGGGAGUCCGUCGCGGCUGUCGGCUGGGUUAAAUCAGCCCUUGUUCUUGAGAGUCCUCAAUCGUGCUGCUUUGUCAAAAUUGACCGUGUGCAUUAAGACAUUUGCCUCCAGAUCUGUCAAGUAUGGUCCUGCUGAAGGGCAGUGGCCUCUGAGGAAAAACACUCCUCAAGCAGAAUCUGCUGUGGCAAACUACUGAGAGCGGUACCACAGAAACUAUGCAAGCAGGUUUCACACUCCUGAAGUAAACAUGAUGAAAACAGAGUCUUCAGGAGAAAGAUCCACCCUCCGAAGUGCCUCUCCUCACAGAAAUGCUUAUAGGACUGAGUUCCAGGCGCUGAAAAGCACCUUUGACAAACCGAAAUCCGAUGGAGACCAAAAAACGAAAGAGGAAGGAGAGGCCUCACAGAGCCGGGGAAGGAAAUAUGGCUCAAAUGUCAAUAGGAUCAAGAACUUAUUUAUGCAGAUGGGCAUGGAGCCCACUGAAAGUGCUGGAGUUGCCCCUAAAACCAGGGGAAAGGGUGGCCCUCCAUCACCUCAAAGACGAAUUAGGCCCAAAGAAUUUGUAGAAAAAGCAGAUGGUUCAAUCGUAAAGCUGGAAUCGUCCGUGUCUGAAAGGAUAAGUAGAUUUGACACUAUCCAUGAUGGUCCUUCCUAUUCCAAGUUUACUGAAACUCGGAAGAUGUUUGAGCGAAAUGCUCAUGAAACAGGACAUUCAAAUCGCUAUUCCCCAAAGAAAGAGAAAAUCAUUUCUAAUGAACUUCCAGAUGAGUGGUGCAGCUCUAAGUCUAACAGAGGCAGCAUGGAUUCACUGGACAGUCUUAGCCCAAGGACAGAGACUGUCUCUCCAACUGUGAGUCAGCUCAGCGCAGUUUUUGAAAACACUGACUCACACAGCGUAAACGCAGAAAAGUCAGAAAACAACGAAGAGUACUCUGUAACUGGUCACUAUCCACUAAACCUCUCAUCUACUGUCACAAAUAUCUCCUCCCCAGUUGCAAACCUUGAGGGUUUCACUCCUUUGAAAGAGGCCAGCACGUGGUCUCCCCCAGCCAAACAGAGUACAGGUGUGAUGUCUGUUGAGAACUCUCAGCAGACUAACACUUCUUCCACAGCGAGACAGAAAGUGUCCACAGGCACUUCGGCAGGUUCAAAAACAACUGAAGAAAUAAAAAAGAGCACAGAGGCAAGUGCUAAUUCUGUUGAGAGUUCUGCAACAGGUCAACAGGAUUUGGUUGGUGUGCUUGACAGCGACAGAUCUGUGGACAGCUGUGCUAGGAGUAAGUCAAAAACAGAGACAGGAGUUUUGGUGCAACAGAAGGAACAGUCAGAACACACAGAAGAUAUCUUUGAUCGGCCUGAAGCUGCAGAGUUAACAAGAAAUGUAGCUGCAGGUGGUGAUUUUGCCACAGAUGCUACUGAGUCCCAUUACGAUGAGGAAAGUGAAAAAGAUGGGCAUGAAGAUGUGAAUAAUUUUCAGAGUUCCCAUGUGUACAUGCAUUCUGACUACAAUGUGUAUCGGGUGCGAUCCAGGUAUAAUUCUGACUGGGGAGAGACAGGUACAGAACAGGAUGAUCUGGAUGACAGUGAUGAAAAUAACUGUUAUGAACCUGAUAUGGAAUAUUCUGAAAUUAAUGGAUUGCCAGAUGAAGAUGAAAUCCCAGCCAACAGAAAAAUACAGUUUAGCCGGGCUCCAAUUAAGGUUUUCAAUACAUACUCUAAUGAGGACUAUGACAGGAGAAAUGAUGAAGUUGACCCAGUGGCUGCAUCAGCUGAAUAUGAACUUGAGAAGCGUGUGGAAAAGUUGGAGCUCUUCCCAGUCGAGCUAGAAAAAGAUGAAGAUGGACUUGGCAUAAGCAUUAUUGGAAUGGGAGUUGGAGCUGAUGCAGGCCUUGAAAAACUGGGAAUAUUUGUCAAAACAGUAACAGAGGGUGGGACAGCAGAAAGAGAUGGCAGGAUCCAAGUGAAUGACCAAAUUGUGGAAGUUGAUGGCAUCAGUCUGGUUGGUGUUACACAAAAUUUUGCUGCAACUGUUCUUAGAAACACCAAAGAGAAAGUCAGGUUUGUAAUUGGACGAGAAAAGCCAGGACAAGUGAGUGAGGUUGCGCAGCUGAUCAGCCAAACUCUCGAGCAAGAACGCCGCCAGAGAGAGCUGCUGGAGCAGCAUUAUGCACAGUAUGAUGCAGAUGAUGAUGAGACAGGGGAAUAUGCCACAGAUGAAGAAGAUGAAGACAUGGGACCUGUCCUUCCAGGAGGUGACAUGGCCAUUGAAGUGUUCGACCUCCCUGAAAAUGAUGACAUGUUCUCCCCCAGUGAUGUGGACACCAGCAAACUUGCUCACAAAUUCAAAGAAUUGCAAAUCAAACAUGCAGUUACAGAAGCUGAAAUUCAGAAGCUGAAGACAAAGCUGCAGGCUGCUGAGAAUGAGAAGGUGAGGUGGGAAUUGGAGAAGACCCAACUCCAGCAGAACAUUGAGGAGAAUAAGGAAAGGAUGAUGAAAUUAGAGAGUUAUUGGAUUGAGGCGCAGACCCUGUGUCACACGGUGAAUGAGCACCUCAAGGAGACGCAAAGCCAGUAUCAGGCUCUGGAGAAGAAAUAUAACAAGGCAAAGAAAUUAAUCAAGGAUUUUCAGCAAAAAGAACUUGACUUCAUCAAACGCCAGGAAGCUGAACGCAAGAAAAUAGAAGAUUUGGAGAAAGCACACCUUGUAGAGGUUCAAGGCUUGCAAGCUCGUAUACAAGACUUGGAAGCAGAAGUUUUCAGGCUAAUGAAGCAAAAUGGAAGCCAGGUUAACAAUAACAACAACAUUUUUGAAAGGCAGACAUCAUUUGGAGAAGUUUCUAGGGGAGAUCCAGUGGAAAAUCUAGAUACUAAGCAAGUGACCUGUCUGGAUGGCUUAAGUCAAGAUUUCAAUGAAGCAGUUCCAGAAACAGAGAGGCUGGACUCCAAGGCACUGAAGACUCGGGCUCAGCUCUCGGUGAAGAACAAGCGGCAGAGGCCGUCCAGAACGCGGCUGUACGACAGCAUCAGUUCCACUGAUGGCGAGGACAGCCUGGAGCGAAAGCCAUCACACAGUUACAGUAGUCCCAUGCACAUUUCAAAAUCACCACUGCCCUUAUGCAUGAGAGCAUCCUCACCAGCAUCAGAUUCUGGUGCUUCCUCCCUCUCCCCUGUGGCUAGCAGUGCAGCAAUCUCACUUGACAACCUAACUGAAAACCAAGAAGAAGAGCAGCACCACAAAGGAGGUGUCCUUCCCCCAUAUGCUCGGGGAGACACUCCACUUUCCUCUCCUUCAAAAUCUGGGCACAGCUCUGAAGCAUCUCCUUUGCAUCACCCAGCUGGCAGGAAUAUUUUACAAGAUAAAGAUGGUGCCACAAGUGCUCAGGCAGCAAGAACAACUGGCCCUACUAUAGGGCAUACAGAAAAACUAAAGAGAAAACUUGCAGAUCUUGGGGCUCCCUUGAGGAGGAGUUCAAGCAAGGGCAAGAAGCGGAAGGAGAAGGAAGCGAUGAGGGUGGCCUGUGGCACUAGGACUGUCAGAGAGAUGCUGCAGAAACCAGCAAACACUAAAUCCUUAGCAGAGCGAUCCUCCUCUCUCCCACACUGUGUACCAUUCACAUGGUAUGGAGAGAGCGGCAAGGGAUCCAACUCUUCCAGCAACCUGCCGUCGCCUACCAGCUCAACUGAACCUUCCUCUGAAAAUUUAAGCCCAGCUAAAAAAGGGUCAAAGAAUUUCACAUUCAAUGAUGAUUUCAGUCCCAGCAGCACAAGUUCAGCUGAUUUGAGUGGUUUAGGAGCAGAACCUAAAACACCAGGCUUCUCGCACUCCUUAGCACUGUCAUCAGAUGAGAGCCUGGAUAUGAUUGAUGAUGAGAUCCUUGACGAUGGACAGUCCCCGAAGCACAGUCAGUGUCAGAGUCGCGCUGUUCACGAGUGGAGUGUGCAGCAGGUGUCCCACUGGUUGAUGAGCCUGAACCUUGAACAGUAUGUUUCUGAAUUCAGUGCCCAGAACAUUAAUGGGGAGCAUCUCCUUCAGCUGGAUGGCAGUAAGCUCAAGGCUCUUGGUAUGACAUCUUCCCAGGACAGAGCAAUCAUUAAAAGAAAGCUAAAGGAAAUGAAAGCAUCCUUGGAGAAGGCUCGCAAAGCUCAAGAGAAAAUGGAAAAGCAAAGGGAAAAGCUUCGAAGGAAGGAACAAGAGCAGCUGCAGAGGAGAUCAAAGAAAACAGACAAGUGUUCAUCAGAUGCAACAGAGGGCACUAAUGAGCAGUGAUGAGCAGAAGUGCUGCUGUGUUUGGCAAGUGCAAGCAUGUCAAGGAAAGAGAAACUUAUCCACUCUGAUGCCCCUUCGGCUUUCUUGUGUUCAUCAGCCAGGAUUGUGUACAGAGAGACGGGGCUGUACAUAGAAUGACUAGGGAAAUUUAUAUUGUGUCGUUCCCUUUCCUGCGUAUCCAGUUCACGCUCGUUGCUGUUGCCAUGUGAAACAAUCCCAGCCCCUCGGUUUGUUCUGUUCUUGUUGACAGCUAACAGAUUUCAUUUUUGUGUGGUGGUGUUUCCUUCCAAACUACUCUUCUCUGUUGAGCUCUGUGUGUUUGGUCACUUCAGUAACCAGCAUGAUGCCGAGGAGCAUGUCCACUGCUUCACCUCUUCUGAAUAGUAUGGCCAGUCAGUGUGGUUGGGGAACAUUUCUUCAGCUGGAUCAAAGGAGUUGUGCUCUGUCUGAUAAGAUUUGACUUGACUUUCUGACUGGAAGUUCAUCUUCUUUACGGUGUUUGGAUACUCAGUUCAGUCUGCUGGAGUUGAGUUUCAUCUCGCAUCAGUACCUUUAAGCAGCACUGCUCUGAAAACUGUUCAGCGACUUCUCAUACACUGGAGAUAAAGACAGGAGAGUCAAUAUUCCCCCUGGGUAAAGGACAGGAGGUGAAACUCUUUCUGUUAACUGUACAAUUGUUAAUCCAGGAAGGAGGCAAAGCCUUAAAUGGUUAUGUGGGUUUACAUAGAAAUCUGAGGAUAACAUUUAUCCUUUAGAUAUCUGAGCAAGGAUAAAUUUCUAACUAGAGCACAGCGUAUAAAUCUGUAUAAAUUUUAUUGUGCUCCCAGUGUGUAGGCAACUUUCUUAUAGCACACUCCACUUUUUUUUCAUGUGUUUCAUACAGGAAACUGGGUUUAUUUUAUUUCAAAUUAGUUUUUCCCCAGGAAAAACCUCACAUCUUCAAAUUCGUUCUCCAGUCAGUAAGCGCUGGGAGAAUAAACUUUGUGCUGUGCUGUUAUGAAGCUGGUAUUGGAAACAAUUAUCAAACUUGAGUCUGAUGUAGAUUUUCAGUUUUUACAGAAGUGCACUUUAAGAAGAGGAAGAUGAGUGAUCCUGGUUAAAUUCAGUACAUUGCUGUUAAGGUCAAUGCUGCCAUGGAGGUGAUGAUUACUUAAUCCAAGGCUCCCACAUUUUAACUGUUUUGAUUGAUAUAUUUAAAGAAUAUCCAACCAAAACCUGAAUUUUUGGGCUUUGGCUGUAGAAUGUUUCGAUGGCUUAGCAGUGGUCAUACUUGAGGGAUUUCUGGGGUGUGUGAGGCCCUGGAUGAAGGCUGCUGUGUUGUUUUGAGUGUGACAGAAGCAGUGUAUGGUGCCACUGCCUGAGCAGCAGUACUG